CAAUUCGCGUGCACACGCUUGAUCGACGUAGUCCCCGCACCGCUUCGCCUGGAAAACGUCGGAAGACCCGAGAUGGCCGGCGCUGCGGUACGCGUACCGCGCGACGAGCACAUGGCAGGUGGAGCGAUUUCGGACGAGGCUGGACAGCGGAAGGUUGACAGGAUGAAUUCCAGCGUGCUGGAUAAUUUUAACAGGCUGAAGGACAGCAACGACUCCGUGCGACUCAACGCCGGGGUCGCGCUGCUGAAUUACCUGCGUCAACAAAAUACGCAGGAUCCGGACGACAAGGAGUUCAAUCACGCGCUAGUCAGUCUGGUGCGCAGGCUGGGUUCCUCGAUGACGGUCACCAGGACAAGCUUCUACAGCACCCUGACGGUCUUCCUGAUGAUGCAUCCCGACACGUCCGUGGAGAGGCUCCUGUCCAUAAUGAACACCCAAUUGUCUCCGGCUGGCAGUAAUCCCAAAGGCGAGAAUGCCGACAUAUACAUGGGACGUAUAUUGCUCUGCGGCGCUUUGAUAAGGUCCAAGUUACUUGCUCACAACAGCGUCGAGACGCAACAGCAGAUUAUGGAGAUCCUGCUGAACGCCGGCAAACAACGCAGCCAUCUGUCAUUCAUCUCCGCCGUGUUUCUCAGCGAGUUUAUCGUUCAGCUCGAUAUCGAAUCUAUGAAGAACGUCUGGCCAAUUGUUGAGAAGGAAAUUGGCAAGCCAUGGUCCGAACAGACUCUGGAUACUUUCUACGUGCUGCUUAUCAUUAGAGACAAGCAUCCGUCGCUAGUCAAUCAUAAAUUUUUAAAGGAACACUUGGGCAAGAAGGAAAUUAUUACCAAGGAGUCUGUGGAAGAUAUUGUUAAACUAUUAACGGCCUUACCUAGAAUUGUUUCUUAUCAACAUCCAGUGUUCAAGCUGUUUUGCGAAAAGCUGGUGAUGACCGAAUUUGUGGCGGACUUUUGGAAAGGCAUCGACCAGAGAUUUAUAAAGCCGUCAAAGAGCGAUGAAUACGUCGCUGUGGAAAUUUCACGGCUAAUACUUCUUAAUGCUACGGACAAAAAUCUAAUUCCACUAUUACUGUCUCCAAAUCUUCUGCAACACAUGUUGAAGAAAUUUUCGAAUUGCAAGAGGAAUAAUAACGAUGAGGUUUUGGUAGCGUUCAGAAAGGUUUUAAAUCUGAUGGUGUCCGCUACAAGCGAUAAAGAUAUCAAGACCAAGACACAGCUGAGCAUAUUGAAGAAGCUCAUAUUGCAUCCUGGUGACUUGAUGAUCGAAAAGAAGACCGGCGUGAAGGUGAUUCAAAUAAUUACGGGAAAUCUGAGGACAGACGGUAUCAAGAAAUUGUGCCAAUUAUAUCGAGAAAUCAUAGAGAAUAAGACGACUAAAGAAAGUGAAGGUGCAAGAGCGGAAUUGUGGACGAACGCCGAGCGAAGUUACACAGCGCAACUAUUAACAAAAUUGAUGGGUCGUCAAGAGACAUUCUUAGAACAGGACUGGAGACUCGAGCAGCUGACGUUCCUGUUCAAUUACGGAUUGUGUGAAGUGUCGAAUGUUGGAACCGAGCUAGCUCAACAAUUUAAGGAUUCCUUUUAUCGCGCUCUGGAUCACAAGUUACCGAAGUUGGACAACGCGAGAAAUCUGUUAAGCGCACUCGUUCACGAUUUAGAAUCGAAAUUCCGAGCCAACGUGAUACGAUUGCGAUCACCGUUAAACGAUGCGGCAUCCGGCGCUUGGAAGAAAGUGAUGGACUUGAUUGAGAAACUGGAGAAGAAUACAAAAAAUUCGGAAGCCUUGCCGAUAUUUCACACGAUGAAUUUGCACAUGGGCCUUCAGUUAUUCUCCGAUCCCGAAAUGGCGAUUAUGUCGAUUAACGAACUUCAGUGUUGUUACGAAAGAUUAAAUAAAAAAUCCAAGGGACAUAAAAAGGUCAAUAACGCAGUGACUGCGGACGAGGAACCCGAAUGGGUCGAAGUGGUAGUGGACCUUCUGUUAUCUCUCCUGUCCAAAAACGAUCAUUUGUUCCGUUCGUUAGUCGGCUGCGUGUUUCCACACAUCUGCCCGUAUCUGACUCCAUCUGCAGUUCAUCAGAUAUUGGCCGUACUGGAUGUUAAAAAUAGUCAAAAGACACUCACCACGAAGCAAGAUGACGAUGAGGAUUCCUCGGGUAUAGAAAGCGAAUCGGAUAACGGCGAGGAUGAAGAGGGGGAAAGUGUUUCAAACGAUGACGCUUUAUCGGAAAGCGAAUCCGAGUCUGACAUAGGUGAGGCCGAGGCUGAGGACGAGGACGAGGACGAGGAUGAAACCGUGACCGAUAAAUUGAGAAUGGCGCUACAUCAAGCCCUGGGCGAUGCCGCGAUGCAGACCGACGACGAGGACAUCGACGUGGAUGAGAUAGGCGAGGAAGAGGGCAAGCGUUUGGACGAGUCGUUAGCGGCGGCUUUUAAAAUGUUACGGGAGAACCGGCAAGCUCGUUCGAAGAGGCAAGGAAAGACGAGCCAGGCGUUGAUGCACUUCCGAGCUCGCGUUAUAGACUUGCUACAUAUCUAUUUGGACAUUUGCCCGUCUAUGGCGGUCACUCUAGACAUGAUCGUGCCGCUCUUCGCUCUGCUUGAAUUCUGUAUAAAGGAUCCGCAUCAGAAACCGCUCACGCACAGAGUUCGGGCUUGCUUGAAGAAGUUGUCAACGGUGAGAAAGUUCAAGGACACGACAAAUGUUGACGAUACUUUGUUAACGACCGUGUUAAAGGCUUUGAUCGAAAAAGGGGAGCGGUCUGCUUCAGUCUGUCAAGAACUCAAUGAUAAAUUGGCGGAAUGCUGCACCUUCCUCGUGAGAUGCGCGCAACAAGCUAAUUUGUCCACCAAAAGUAUUGUAGAAAUUUACGGUGAAAAUUUAACCGCGUUCUUCAAGAAGAGAGACUGCGUGCUCUCGCCUAUGCUGUUCAAGGGCGCGUUACAGUUGUGCUGGGAGGAUAACUGGCAGCUGGCGCUUCUGCUCGUGGACUUUGCCUUCGACAGUAGCAUUCGAUACUUCCGCAGGAAUCAGGCGCUGGAACUGCUGUUAAUUUUCUACAACAAUAACCGGCUGCUGAACAUGGAUACGAGGUGUGCCGACAUGAGAAUGAAAUUAGAAGCGACACUUUGUAAGAACACCGUAGACACGCUUAAAGAGACAUGCGAUCUACAGGCGAGCGAUAACGGACAAUCUACCUCGUGUAACAAUGUUAGCGCGCAGAAAAAAGUUUUGCAGAAGUUUAUCGGGCAUCUGUUGAUGCUACUGCGUGUCGUUCACGCGCGCCAUUUGCCACAAGCGUGGGAUUGGCAAGCCGUUAAAGCGGAACUAACAAAGUACAGAAGUCGAAAUGCUCUCUUUGGAGAUGCAAAAACCGCGUACAACAAGCUGGCGGCAGAGAUUGGAGCACCCCUCAACGUGCCAUCAACAAAGAGCAAUGCUAAGCUGAAUAGUUCUUCCACCGAGACUGUUUCACAAAGUAAUGGCAAACAGAGCAAUGUCGGAUCGCAAAACGGAACGACAAGUGAUUCGGAGGAGGAGAAAGAAGAGGAGGAGCCAGAGGAGGUCGCACAUAGCAAUAACGAGCAGAAGAAAAAGAAAAAGAAGAGUAGACAAAGGGAGAAGCUGUUGCUGAAGAAAGAAGCGCGUGAAUUACGCGCGAAAGUUAUGUCUCAGGAUGUGGAGGUGUUCAAAUUUAGCAGUGUCAGUUUGCCAGAAGACGAAGGGGACGCGACAGAGGAAGUCUUUCAAAACGGGGAUUUGCGCGACAAGUCUGCGAACCCGAAGGCGCCACAGAAAAGAAAUCGGGCGACGGAGGAGAAUCGCGAGCCCAAAAGAAGAAAAAGCACCAAUCCCGCUUGAUAAAACUUAUAAACUUGAAAGAAUAAAAUACAUGAAAUAUACGCAUACAUAACACGAAAAUCGAGAUGGAUGUUUGGAAUACGCUAAAUAUUUUUAUACGCGACAUAAGAUCUGUCCUGUACAUAUACAGCUAUAAUUAUUACUUUUCGCUAUGGAAAAUGAGUAAUUAGCGAUUACAUUAUUAAAAAUGUACAUGUUGAUUUUAUUUUAUUUUUUUUCUUUACCUUUUUAUCUGAUUGAAUGUAAUAGAAUUCACUACAUAUACAUAUAUAAAACAGGUUUUUUUUUCGGUCAGUUGGGAAGUCUAAAAAUAGAUAAGUUUUAUUUCACAAACGAACCAUUAUACCGUCGUUCUUAUCACAAUUAUGUUAUCUACAAUGAUAUCUUAAUCGGUUUUAAUAUUUUCCGAUGCAUAUUUCCUUAUAUCUAUACGUAGACGAAUUUGUAUUCUACUGUUUUGAAUAUACUAUAUCUUAUUUUU